AUGAGUUGGUCUGCAUUUCUAGGGACUGUGGUGGCACUUGUGGCUGGGUGUUACUUGCUCGAGGGCAUCAUUUUCUCAAGACGCGAUGCCCAGGAGCCGCCUUACAUCCGCCCUCGCAUACCACUCAUCGGGCACGUUCUUGACUGCCUGAAGAAGGGAACACCUUACUUCAGCGACGUGGAGGCCAGAUUCCCCCAUCUUGCCAUCUUCUCCCUGCCCAUCUUCUCGUUCAAGCUCUAUAUUGUCGCGGAUCGCCAAGUUUUUGCAGCCGUUCAACGCAAUGCCAAGACGGUUUCCUUCGCGCCUUUUGCCAAGAAGUUCGCAAAGAUCCUUGCCAAUGUCUCGGACAGGACUGUGAGAGCAUUCGACUCUUUGUCAGUAGACGAGGAGACGCGCAGCUUCGCCCGUCAAGUCCACCAGCUCCAGGCAGCUACUCUUUCAAAUGGUUCCUCGCUGGACCGCCUCAACAUCACCACGGCGCAGGAGAAACUGAGGCUGGUGGACGAGCUCGUCCUGGAGUCCACGAAGGAUCCGGCGCAUAUUGAAUUGUACGACUGGGUCCAACAUCUCGUUUCUGUCUCAGCCACCACUGGCUUCUACGGGCCUCAGAACCCAUACAAAGACCCCCAGCAUGAGAAGGAUUUCUGGACAUUCAACGACCAGAUCCCCCUUAUCUCAUCCGGCUUGGCUUGGCUCUUUGCCCCCAAGGCGCACAAGGCCCGCAACGAUCAUUCCGCGAGGUACCGUGCCUACUUCCGCGCCGGAGGUGUCGAAACCGCAUCCGACUUCAUAAAGGAGAGGACCCGCGUCCUCAUCGAGAAUGGCGCUCCCCCAAUGGAAGCGGCUUCCAUGAACACCGGCCUCGACGUCGCCCUCAUCAGCAACUACGCCGGGAUCGCAUUCUGGACCGUCUACCACGUCCUGUCUCAACCGGGGCUUCUCGAGGCCGUGAGAGAUGAGGCAGAGAAGGCGGUCGUCAGGGGCGAGAAGGAGGGUGACUACACUCUCGACGUGUCGGUCCUUCGCACCUCGUGUCCGCUUCUCGUCUCGGUGUUGCAGGAAACACAGCGCUUGAAGACGACGAUCGCCAAUACUCGGGAGGUGAUCAGUGACACGAGCAUCAGUGUGGGAGGCAGGGAUUACAAGUUCAAGAAGGGGAACUAUGUGCAACUUCAUUGUCCUCCUGUUCUGCGCAGCAAGGAGCUAUGGGGCGAGGACGCAGACGACUUUGACCCACGCAGGUUCAUCCGGAUGCGCAAGGACAACGACCCAGCCGGCGGCGUCGUGCCCCCGAACCAGCUCCCGGCCAUGUCCUUGCCCGUCUGGGGCGUGGCGCCGCACGUCUGCCCCGCGCGGUUCUACGCGAGCACGGGCGUGCUGGUCCUGGUCGCCCUGGUCGCCCUGAGGCUUGACGUCUCUCCGGCCGGCGAGGGGCGCGCGGGUCAGGCGUGGGGGACGCUCCAGGACGGGUUCAACUUCUCGGCUGUGUCGCGGCCGACGACGCCGGUGCGCGUGUCUGUGAGGUCGAGGGAGGACCGGAGGGGGAAUUGGAAGGUCGUCGUGGGGAAGCCUGAGACCAGGCUGCAGUUUUCUGUCGCCUGA